AUGAACGCGAGUCUGCUAAUAGUUUCAUGUGUUUUGCUUGCAGUAAUGUCUAUUCCAAAAAUAGUCCUAAGCCAAACGAUAGACUGUAGAAAGCCACCGCAAUUGGUUGAUCCAGCACGUUGCUGCCAAGAUGGAGGGCGCGAUCAAGUCACAGAGAAAUGUGCGCAGAGAGUCGGUAUAAAUGGACAGUCAAAUGGAGGACCUCCAACUCUGGAAGCGGCCACUUGCCUAGCUCAAUGCAUUCUUACGGAUUCUCGUUAUCUACAACAACCGCAGAGCCUUAAUUUGAAAAUAAUAAGAGAGGAUUUAACAAAAAAAUAUUUUAAUGAUACCGCAUAUGUGGAAGCGAUGGUGACAGCAUUUGCGAAAUGCGAGCCACAAGCGCAACAAAAACUGGUAGCCUUACAGCAAUUACAAUUUGGGAGCGCCGCUUCACAAUUUUCCCAAAAUCAGCAACAGCCACAGUGUAGUCCUUUUAGCGCAAUGCUACUUGGCUGCACAUACAUGGAGUAUUUCAAGAAUUGUCCGUCUCAUCGUUGGACGGAGAACAACGACUGUGCAUUAGCCAAGGCUUUUGUAACCCAAUGCGCUCUAGGAGCUUGA